GUUACACUGCAGUGUUAAUUUUGAUGACAGCUGCAGUAGUUGCAUUUUUGUUCACUUAUGCCUGUUAUUAUUAUUUGUUAGAGAAAAUAAAUGAAUGUAAAUUAAAAAAGAUUGUUGAACGAGAAAUAAGUUUACUGUGCAACAUAAAAAUGAAGCGCGCAAAGUAUUGAUUAAUGACAGAAAGUAAGAUUGAAAAGAGAAUUAAAACGUAGCUAAUGGGUCGGUCAGAAAAGUACGGUCUCAAAAUGAGUGAACACGAGUCUGUGUAUGGGACAACAUUGUCUCAGGAGUCAAUGAAAGUCAUUGCCGAGAGUAUCGGUAUUGGCAAUUUACCGGAUGAAGCGGCAAAAGAUUUGGCGGAAGAUGUCAGUUACAAAUUAAAAGAAAUAUUACAGGAUGCGGCAAAGUUUAUGCGUCACGGAAAACGUCAACGAAUGUCAACUCAAGACAUUGACCAUGCUUUGAAAAUAAAAAAUAUCGAGCCAACGUAUGGAUUUUUCGCCAAGGAUCACAUUCCCUUUCGAUUUGCGUCCGGCGGCGGUCGUGAGUUGCAUUUUGUAGAGGAGAAGGAAAUCGACUUGAACGAAGUACUGUCCACUUCGGGUGGUCAAAGUUGGCCCAAAUUACCUUUAGAAGUAACCUUAAGAUCUCACUGGCUUUGCAUAGAUGGAAUUCAGCCGACAAUCCCCGAAAAUCCACCUCCUGUCUCGAAAGAUAUUCAAAAACUGGAAAGUGUCGACCCGACUCGGAAGCUGACCAACACGAAUCAGAAUACAGGAGUCGGAAAACCAGGCGGCGGAGGCAAGAGUCAGAAACUGCGAAACGUGGAGACGGUCCAUGUGAAGCAACUGGCAACUCACGAAUUGAGUGUCGAGCAGCAGUUGUAUUACAAGGAAAUAACGGAAGCCUGUGUCGGGUCCGAUGAAGCGCGCCGAGCCGAAGCGUUGCAAUCGCUCUCCGCCGACCCCGGCCUGCACGAAAUGUUGGCCCGAAUGUGCACAUUCAUUGCCGAGGGUGUUCGAGUCAACGUCGUGCAGAACAAUCUCGCUAUUCUCAUUUACCUCAUGCGAAUGGUCAAAGCGCUGCUCGAUAAUCAGAGUCUUUAUUUAGAAAAAUACCUCCACGAACUCAUUCCGUCGGUCGCCACUUGCAUAGUAACGAAGCAACUUUGCAUGAGGCCCGAAAUGGACAAUCAUUGGGCGCUGAGGGACUUCGCGUCUCGUUUGAUGGCGCAAAUCUGUAAAAAUUUCAACACCUCGACAAAUAACGUCCAGACCAGAGUAACUCGUAUGUUUGGUCAAGCCUUGGCGAAAAGCAAUCAGACACCAUUGGCUUCCUUGUAUGGCGCAAUUGACGGUCUUUGUGAACUAGGACCUGAAGUGGUGAAAGCUUUGGUCAUACCUAAAAUAAAAACCAUUUCAGAGCGAAUCGAAGCGAGUAUCGACGGCAUUGGGCUUUCGACCAUCGACAAAAAUGCCGCUGGCCAUAUAAAAACUUUACUAGUUAAAUCGGUAGCUCCUGUUUUGAAAACAAUUCGGCCACCGCCGGAUUUCGUCGAAGACUACAAACAAGAUUUCGGCUACCUGGGACCGUCCUUGUGUGCCGCCGUUGCCAAGGCUCGAACGCAACCAACAACCAUAGUAACAACCACACCGUCAACCACUGCGUUAACCACAAACCAACAGCAAAAUACAAUUACCACCGGAAAAACAAUUAUUCAAACAGAGCACAUUGCAGUAUCUAGUCCAAGCCCUGCAACGCCACAAUCGAACCGCACAAUUAUGCUGAAUCCUAGCCGAAGCACCGGACCUCCGUCAACUGGUAAAUACGUAAUUUUGCAGUCUAGGCAAGCUUCAACUUCUGCGGGACUAAGUUCGAAUGCGACUACCACACCGCAGCAAGCUACACCACAACCCCAGCAACAGCAGCAGCAACAAGUGAAAAUUACUCAAGGAACUCCUGUUCAACAAAAACCGCAUUUAUCUUCUCCUGCAACCAAAUUGGUCGUCGUUUGUAUGCCUGGCACCAGUCACAAUGUCACGUCAACCGUAACUCAGGCGGCGCUGACAUCAAAAUCGCAAGUUUUUGUCGCUUCAAAUGUCGAGCAAACUCACAAUCCAAUGGAUGAUCAUUCUUUUCAAUAAUAGAGGUUAUACUGUGCACGACUAUGAUAAAUAUUACAAAAUUAUAAAUUGUUUAGAUUCGAAAUUUUUUAGUUCAUGUUUAUUUUUGGUCACUGAAGUGACGAAACGAAUUCUUUGUACAAAAUUCUAUUGUUCUACUAUAUAGUAAUAAAAAUUAUCGUCUGUCCUUUUUUUGUAAAUACAUUAAAAUAAGAAAUCGUCUAAAAAAGUUAAGUUUUUCAUAAUAAUGAUAGUAAUUAUAAGAUAUAUAUAAAACUGAUAUUUAGUACAAUUUCUAUAAGUCUUUUGUAAGAAUUUUGCAAAUCAAUGUAAAAGUCAAGCACAAUUUUCAUUGUGUGAAAUCAUUUUUAUAAAUUUCGUUUAUUAAAUAAGCGACAUAAGAAAGGACUUGUGAAAUAUAUCUUUUUGAAGAGAGAAAAAAUAUAUAUUAAUUUUUAGAAUUUUAAA